AUGGCGGAGAGUAAAACAGCUAAAGUGACGGAGAAAAUUGAUGGAUUCAGGGAAAAGUUGCAAGGUGUCAACCAGUUAAUGAAAUCCCAGGUUCAGAAACUUAAAACAGAUGCUUCCCAUAAACGGAAAUACGAAGGUUAUAAGAUCCUUUUUGACUUUAAUACUGUAAAUCUCAAAGAUCUUGUUCAGACUUUGUGGGCUAUAGACAAUGGGAAGAGAACUUUUUGUUUGAAUCAAAGUGAUCCUUCACAAAGUCAGGAGACUAUUGCCAUAACAGAUAGGUCGAGAGCCAUAAACGUUUUCAAUAUGAAUAAGGAAACCGUUACUAAAGAAAUCAAAUUCAACAAAGCAUGCUGUGGAUUAUCAUUCUUAAAUAAUUUUUUGGUUGUCGGUUUGGAUAAUAAUGAAAUUCGUAAUGUAGACUUGGAAGGAAAUACACUGAGGUCAAUACCAGUUCAAAGUAAAUCUAUAUUGGAUUGCUUUGUUAAUUGUAAAGACAGAAUUAUCUAUAGUGACUAUAAAGAUAAAGGCGUACACUGUGUUGAUGAAUCAGGUACACAAAUCUGGGAAUAUAAACAGGACAUAUCUUUUCCAAAUGGACUUUGUACAGACUCAUUUGGUAACAUUUUUGUUGCAGACUAUGCAUCAAGUAGAAUAUCAGUAAUAUCAAAAGAUGGGCAGAAUAGUAAAGCUAUGGCAUCCAGUAAACAAUGUGACAUAAACAACAUGACUCUGAAUAUUGAGACAAAGAUAGAGAUCAACAUGGAUGAAGUUAUCAUUGAAAUGAUUUGUUUGCUAGAUGGCAGAGUUAUAGUGGUUGGAUCCAAAGGUAAAGUUAACCUUCUUACUUCUGAUGGCAAAUAUCAGAAACAAUUACAUAUACCUGGUCAAGUUAAAAGUGUUACCCAGAUCAAUCAGGACACUAUCGCCCUGACUUAUUUUGAUGAGAGAAUCAUACAUAUUUUCAAUAUGGAGAAUGAAACAGUCACCAAAGUUAUCACAUUAGACAAAGUAUGCUAUGGACUAUCAUUCUCCAAUAAUUCUUUGGCUCUAGGGCUGAGUAGUGAUGAGAUCCGUAUUAUAGACUUAGAAGGAAACACACUGAAGUCAAUACCAGUUCAAAGUAAAUCCGUAUUGGCCUUCUUUGUUCACUGGAAUGACAGAGUUAUCUAUAAUGACUAUAAAGAUAAAGCCGUAUACUGUGUUGAUAAAUCAGGUACAAAGAUCUGGGAAUAUAAACAGAAUUUAUAUUUUCCAAAAGGGCUUUGUACAGAUUCAUAUGGUAACAUUUUUGUUGCAGACUUUGGAUUAGAUGGAAUAACAGUUAUAUCAAAAGAUGGACAGGAUAGUAAAGCACUUAUCAGUGAAAAGGAAGAACUGAAGCAUCCUAUGUUUAUUCGUUUUAAACAUAAUGAGUCUUCAGGAUUUAUUUGUGAUCACUAUGGAAAAUAUUUAGCAAAAUUCAAUUUGUGUUCAGGAUAA